GCAUUGCCAAAUACAGUAUGCCACGAUUCGAUGUAAAUUUUGCAGAUCCGAAGAAGUUUUUUUACCCUGGUGAAACUAUAUUUGGAGAUAUCAUUGUAAGAGUUGACUCAGCUGUAAAAUGCAAGAAAAUAUCGUUGAAAUUUAAGGGUAAAAGUUCAGUCAGAUGGACCACAGGUUCCGGUGAUGAUCGGAAGACCCACUGGAAUAACGAAGAGUACUUUAAUAAUUCCGUGACCCUAGUAACGCCAUUGCCUCCUGAAUCGGAAAUCAUCCUUCAACCAGGAGAUUUCCACUAUCCAUUUCAAUUUCAAUUGCCGAAUAAUUUGCCACCAAGUUUCGAGGCACCGUUUACGACAGGAGCCGUGCUAUAUUAUAUGAAGAUUAAGAUCGAUGUUGACAGUUGGAGAUUGAAGUCAGAUAUAGAAGAAAAGAUUCCUUUCAAGGUAGUAGCAUCACCAGUGGAUUUAAACCAGACUCGGAACCUCCUUGAACCAGCUACCGUCACUGAAGAGAAAUUUCUUUGCUGUCUUUGCUGUCAAUCUGGACCUAUUCGACUUGUUGGUAGGAUUCAAAAACAGGCAUAUUACCUUGGUGACCAAAUAAUUUUUUCAUUUGAGAUUGAUAACAAGGAGACAGACAAACCACUAAGAAAGAUUGAAGCAAGGUUGACUCAGAAGCUUACAUUAAUCAGUAAUACAGGUUGUACUAGCGAGGACGAAAAUGCGAAGUCAUCUGUACGGUUAAGCGAAGGCCUAUCACCGCGAGGGGAAGAAAGUUGGCAUGAUGUAGCACUCAACAUACCCACUGAUAUAAUACCAAGCUUUGACAACUGUAAAUGCAUGCAUCUGGAGUAUUAUUUCAUUGUUAAUGUUGACAUUGAAGCUGCUUUUGAUCCAAAGGUGUUAUUUCCAAUAAAAAUCUCAAGUGGACCUCAGAUGAUGCAACCAGGCGAACCACCUUUCCUGCCAGGAAAUGUAUUAACAGCACCUGGCAUGGGGUACCCAUCCUCCACCACAGGGGUGUAUCCACCCCCUAUAAACCCCCCACCUAGUCUGGGUUACCCUCCUCCCACAAGUCACCCUCAACCUGCUGGCUACCCCUCACCAGCUGUCACACAACAACCAACAACAUGGAACCCAGACCAGCCUCCUCCACCAUACCCCAUGGAGGGAAAAAAAUAACCCUUUUGU